UCUACCUUGAUUUCAAUACGAGGAAGACGAAAUAUUGUUUACAUUUUGAAAAGAAUAAGUUUGUCGAAAUGAUUGUCAUUUUGCCAUUUUAAUGUAAUGGAUAGACACGAAAAAAGGGUUCACCAGGUGAGAGAUGUGUAUGUGUUGAUGAAAAAGGACUACCGCAUCUCGCGGAACAUUAGAGCCCUGUGGUUCUUUGAGCAUCUCAACUCCAGCUUGAAAUUCACACCCCAAAACCACCUGGUUGAGAACAACUAUGAGCUGUAUGUUGCCUCAGUGGUUUCGGACGACGGUGCCCAGUUUUUGCCAGGGAAGCAGUAUGAGAUUGGCCUGCUUCCGAGCACAAUGGUCACGUUUGUGGCCCACCGAUACAGAUUUGUCAUCAUGCUCGACCUCAGCCCUUCUGUCAGCUCUGUGGACACCAAGGGUUGCUGUGUGUUGUAUGAGCUGGGACACAAGGCAUUGGCUAACUUGCUGAGAGGUCUCGUUUUGCCAUUCCAGCUGCCUGGAAGCAAUAUUGUGUUCACCCCAGAGAUCCAUGUCACAGUGGUUGGCCACACACCCUUAAAAGCUUACAACUACAACCAGGUGUUAGCCCAGGGUUUGGUAGUGACGGGUGCCAAUGUUGAAAAAGUCAUUAAAGACUUGGGAACCAAGCUUACCACCCUGGAGUCCUGCCUAGCUGCAAACUUCAGCGAGUACCUGAAAACUAACAUUUGUAGCUUUGCCAGUAGCUACUUUGAUGUUCGUCCCCCACCCUCCAGCCCGGUGGCCGGACCCCAGAUCACCAAAGACCCAGACCUUGUUAAUGACCCAGAGGCAGGGAUAGUGAACAUGAUCCGCUGUGGCAUGUUGGCUCUUCAACUUCUCCCCGAAAAUUCCAGCUCAGGUCUUGUGGUGAUAACAGACGGGUGCCUAGGAGUGCCAGAUGCCACGCUGUUUGAGUUCCUGUUGACCCAGCUGCGUACGAGCACAAUCUCGUGUUCCUUCCUGCGCAUUGGAGAGGAGAGGUCACCAUUCUGUCACUUCGGCCACAUACCUCACACGGAACUCAUGCAGUUUAUAGCUACUGCCACACAUGGAUCGUAUUUCGAUGUCUGCCCGGAUGUGACCCAUACAGAGCCGAAUGUGUUGAACGCAUACCACAAGGCUAUGUUUUUGUGGAGUUUCCAGCGAGGCUUGGAGGGGUUCCGGUUUGACCUCGGGGAUCAGAACAUCAUGGCCCAGCAGGCCUCACCCGCUCAGCUUGUACAGAAACUGCUGUCCCAUCCUAUCCAUGGUAAGCUUGCGAGUGUGAUGCCCAAUAUUCGCAAGUCCCAUGCCAAGUCUACACUGAACACCUCCCUCUUCAGUGUCAUGUCCGUCCGGCUCCGUGAAGGCUACACCAUCAGGGAUAUUGCUCUUACUAAAGGAGAGACCCAGCUUGAGGUGCGGCUGGUGUUACCAUGGCGAGAGUAUGCAAGGUUUGAGUACCUGAUCCGGGCAACCUGGCCCCAGGACAAGAAGCGCCCCCACACCUAUACAGAGAUCACCCUGGAGGGCAGCUACGACUUCCUACAUGACAUGACCUGUACCAAGAUAAAGGCCAAAAUGAGCAGCUUUAGGUCGGCUAAUGUGAAGAAGUUCUGGCUGGCCCUUCAAGGGUUAUCUCAGACAGACCAGCUGCUGGUUCACCUUCAGUCAUUUAGCACAGUGCCCCACAACUACACCCUCCCUGCUAGCGUAAAGGAGGGGGUGCCCUUGUUCUACCUUCCCCUUCCAAACUCCACAACACCUACCCUCAACACUCAGCUGAAUACCAAGGAUCAUGGCUUGAACCAGUUUGCAUCUUACUGGAGACCAGUUGUGCACUUUGACAUUAAAGUCUGGCAAAAGUGGAUGCACACCCACAGAAUUGGGCUGGUUCUGGAGCAUGACAUCCCACUCCAUAAGAAUAUCCACAUCCCCAACUCAAGCUCCCGCUUCAGCAUCGUGAUGUUUCGGCAGGCGCUCACCUCCCUCACACACUUCCUCACGGAGUGGAGCAACUUUGCUCUUCUUGAGGGGCAGUCCUUCAUCAAGUACAUGUAUGAAUAUCCCGAGGAUAAGACAAAGCCGCCAUCUUGGUUUGUGAUGGUGCGAAUGCAGCCCAAGUCGCCCUGUUUCGUCCUCCGUCUUGCAUUCAUCGGAGGCACCCCGGGCCACAUACGUUACGAGCUUGUCAAGGAACUCAAACUGAAGAUUGCCAAGCUUAAGUUCCCGCAGCGGGGACCUAAGACUGACAGGCAGAAGAGGGCAUUGGCCCAGAACAGCCUUGAUGGUGCUGUGACGCCCUACAAGUCCCCUCUCAGACGGGAGUGGGCAGAGGUGAACUGUUGUGUGCUCCUGCUCAAACCUGUGGACACCAUCCUCAUCAGAUAUGAGCGCACUCCCCGUGACAUGAGUAAGCUGGAGGAUCACGUAACCCAGGAAGUGUCACAGUUUAUGACUCCAGCAUCUCAGGCAAAGAACCGUACGGCUGCCAACCAGUUCAACUCACUCUCCCGUUACCUUCUUCACCAACGAUGGGUGUGGACGGUUCAGCAGCCUGGUGUCACCAGUGUGUCCACACCAGCCAUCGGGAAAAUACUUUCUACACUAGCUAAGAUGCGUCUUCAGCAGGGUUUUCACUUCAGUCUCUCCAGCCAGGGCAUCGUCAACUUAAUGGCAGAAAUUGAUAUGCAGGAUGUAAGCAGUGGUUUGGACUAUAGCAAGGCAAAACAGCGGCCUACAUGCGUUGUGCAGUACAUUCUCUUUCCACCACAUACAAAAACUGCCAUAGACAGCCUGAGUGAUGAGGAAGAUGAGAUGGAGGGUCCCGAGGAGGAUGGAGAGCUGCAGAUCAUCACUGAGUGCUGGGUGGAGCCACAGGCGGGCACCUGCCAAAACAACCCACCCGAGCGGGCACACCUUACUGGGCUCACAUGCCACCAGAUACCAGACACUUUUUUCCCAUCCGAUCUAAAGUGCAUUUCGAGCCUGAUCACGCUGGAACACCUUGUAUAUCUGUGCCAGAACAACGUUAUCCCCGCUGACCUUGACGGCAUUGUGAAUAACAGUCCAUCAGAAGGGCCGACAGUGACGCAGCUUGGACCGAUGAUAAAGCGUGUGGAUUUCCCAUUUCACCUGCUCACACUGCUUCCUUACAGUCAGCAGGCCGAGCUCCUGUACUCAGCUUGCGUGCUUGAUGCUUCCCCAGAUGUCAGUGCUGAAGAUAGAAAGAAGGCUAACAUUGAGCUAUACAACCUUCUACAUGAGGAACUCUGUAGUAACUCCCAUAGAAACGUCUGCUUGUCACAACAGAAAAGUCAACAGUUCCUUCAACACCUGGCUGAUAGGCCUAGAUCUACAGACAAUAACCCAUUCCCAUUCAAACUUGAAAAUUUUGUGUCAUUUUCAUCUGAAUAUGAGUCUGAUAAAUCUACCAGCCAAUCAAGUGGCUCUGAUUUUAAAAAUCGCAACAGAACUGACCAAUCACUUCCAAGGUCAAGAGGCAAUGUGCCAAGUACACAAAAUGCAAUGUCCAAAGAUGACACAAAGAUAGUGCCAGAAUGGAGGUGUUACAUUAAGAAUUCCCCUUCCAAUUCCUCCACUUCAUCAUCUCUACUGAUAACAUUCAUACCUGCUUCAUUUGAAGAUGUAAUUUUACUUCACAAGUCUGUUGAGUCAGAUGAAAUUGAAACAUCACUGGAGAAUGAGGAGUCUGAAGGCUCAAUGGUUGAAGCUGUUAGAGAAAAAGUUCAAAGACAUUCUCUAGGAGGGUCUAAAACUGAAGACCAAAGAGUAGAGAUAUCCUGUAGUGUCUCAGAAAAUGCUCAAGAUGAUAAAGACAAAGAGUGCAAUAAUAUGACAUCUGCUGAUGAAACUAGCAAUAUGAACACUGAGAAUGACAGUUCAGAGAAACAGCAAAAGCUGAAACUUGUGAUACCAGAGAGGACCCUUGAACCCAAGGCCCUGUGCAUCCCUGUGUACAUAUAUGACUGUGUGACCCACAAUAUUCUCUCCUCCCUUAUUCACCCAUGUGAUUUUCAGCUGCCAUCAGACAUUUUCCAGGACUUGAUGUUUGACCCAGUGUCAGAAUCUAGUGAAUCUGAAAUAGUCCUUACCAGUCCUAAGAAUUUGAAGAGGGUGCAGUUCAGUGCUGAUAGCAUCAAGGAUGCUGAUGAGGAACGUACAUGGCGUUCAAGCUGGCGUUCCCAGGAGAGAAGGUCAACUGAGGGCUCAAAUGGGGAGGGUGGUGAAAACUUGUGGCAGCAUUGCUCACUCACAACCGAGAUGUUCUGUCAUUGCUUUGUCAAAGGGGUGUUCCAGAGCUUACAGAAGGGUUACCCGGUGUGUAGCCAGGACGUUGACGCAGCCAUCAACAACAUCUGUGAGGAAUCAUUUCCCCUGGAGGCAAACAUCACGUCCUUCUUGCAUGCCUCAUGCGGACACUUUCAACAACUUGUGCACGAGGCCAGGCUAGACCAGGAGCGGAUUAACGACCAUCAGUCUGUCAGUGUCACAGAGGAAAGGAAGCCCACCUUUGUGAGGUUUAGUGGCAUACAGGAUGAUGCAGGUGAUCCAAAUGAAGAGUCCAUCCCGUCUGUGCCGAGUACCUUAGAGAUUCCCCAAGUGACCUUAACCCUUGACCCAGCAACCUUGAACUUGGGGUCACCGUGUGAACAACAGGACACCCUUCAUCAGCUGAUCAAAGACAAGUUCAUGGACAUUGUACAGAAGUGGUUUCGACCAGUUCCAUCCAGCCCAGAGUAUUUCUACUUUUGCCAGGGAACUACUCAAGAGGAAGAGGAUGUGCUGGAAGAUAAGACAACGUCAGACACAGCUAAUGCAGGAGCAUUGACCAGUGAACCUUGUGCAGAAGCGGACACAAACAUGGUGACCACCAUGGACAGACUGAGUGUUAAUGCCAGAGAUGACCGCAUCUCUCUUCAGUCCAACCUGGACUCUGAAGAAUCCCUUGAGGACGAUAUGGACCUUGACCGUGACGUCACGCUGGAUGACCGGAGGGAAAAUAUACCACUGUUUCUUAUAUUUACCUGUACUGUGAAGAGCCAUCUGGACUCGGAUAGUGUGCCUGUGAAGAAUAUAACUGUUUGCCUUAGUGAAUUGUCUACCAUACUGGACGAUUUGAAGUCCGGUUUCCAGCUAGGGGACCUGAAGAUCACAUUCGACUUGAACUGCCUGUCAUUGCCAGGGGAAGUAGAGGAGCCGUCACUGCGCCGACCGGGCAUGCAACGCAUGUUCUCUACCUCUAGUGUAGGGGCACAUUCUGACACGAGUUCUGAGGCCACAGAGACAGUUGACAGAAGUAGUUUCUCUCAUGUUGAGUUCAACCACCUGCGGAACCCAAUAGGUCACCUGCCGCAACAACAACAGGAAGCAGUCAGGAAGUGUAUGGAGGAGAUUGAGUGGCUGCUGCAGGAUGAGAUAGUGUCCAACCUGCGACACGUCUACCCGAUACGGUCUGAUACCCUAGCAUACACGUGUAAACACAUACAGACCAGCGCUGAUUUGGGCAAGGCUAAUGUCAGUGUUGACCAUGUGCCUCUGCAGUUUGUGUACGGUCUGGAACAGAGUGCUGAGAAGUUUGCAGAGGAGUUCCAGAAACUAAACCUGCAGAACUACCAGCUUAUAAAGGAAGAAGAGACCUACUACCUUGCCAAGAAACGCAUCAUGUACAACUAUGUGAAUGUGAAAAGCCUGUGUUCUGCUCUGGAUGAGCUGAACAUGUGGAAAACACCAGUGUCAUCCAAGGUGGCCUCACCUGGAAGUGCAACUACAUGUAAGUCCGACGUUGAAACUGCUGACGGUAAAGGAACAAAGAACAUCUCCCCUCUUGUGUUGAAUACCAAGGACAAGGAUAAGGUGGUAGAUAUCAGUGCUGAGUGUGUGGGCAGAUCUAGCCCAUUAACGGUAAAGUCGGACACUGGGAGUGUGGCUUCAGACUCGAAGAAGCUCAACAAGCCAUCUAUUAUGAAUCUGGAAAAGAAGCCAUCCACAGAUUUAAUGAAAUUGGAGAACAUCAGUCUUAUAAAUAGGCGGAGAAGCAGAGAGAUGGACCUUAUACUAAAGAUGAAGGGUAGCCAUGAGAGUGUGUGUAGUAACGAGAGGAGAAAAAGUUCUGAAGCUGAAGUGGAUUCCCCCAGAAGCUUGAGCCAUGAAGUAACAAAAGAAGAGGAUGAUUUUGAUCUAGACAAACAUACUGAAACACCACAGUCUGCUACAUCUGUGGCAUUCUCUGUUGGUUCUAAUACACCUACUUCCGGGUCACCAUCUUUCAACUUGGACAGCAUUUCAUACUCUGCAACAAGUUCUGGCAGUAUUUUCACCUCUGCUGUACAGUCUCCUGUGUCUAUCCAACUGACAAAGACAGAUGGACAUAGUGAACCAUUUAGACCAUCACCUGAAAGAACUGUAACCGGCAAACUCAUUAAUGAUAGCUUUGACUCCGAAGAUGGGAAAAACGAAACCAUACUAAAGAGGUGUUCAAGUUUUGCAGGCUUUAGGUCACCCGUUUCUUGUCAGAGCAUAAAAGAUGAUGAAGCCUUAGCAUCUCAUGAUGUUUCCCCAGAGAAGGGUCCACAAAUUGGCGUAUCAGCUAUCCAGGGCCGCUUGCGCCACUGUUCAGCCCCACUAGCGGGUCAUGCUACACCAAGGAGCCGAAUGUCUACCCUCCCAUGUACACCGUCCUGUAUUUCAUCCAGAGGGAGCUUCACUGAGGAUCCAUAUGACGGUGACAUGAGCGAGAUGGAUGACAGUGCGACAACGUUCAGUGAGAGCGGUGUGGUGCGGAGACUCAUGCCCGACUUCUGGCUCAUCAUGCAAAUCGUAGAGAAUGCCGUCGACAUCCUCUUCCAACAUAGGGAGAGAGGGCAUGAGUCAAAAGAAGAAAAAAUGGAGUUAUGGAACCUGCUGGCCCUUGUAAGGAGAAAUGUGGAGGACACUUGCAAGAAAGUCAAUCAGCAACUGUUGUUAGCGGACCUGUAUGAGACACGGAUGUGUCAUAGUCUUCUGGUCGAUGCAGCAGAUGAGGAUGUCACAUGGAAGGUCGAUGGGGCGCCAAGAUUCAGACGCCAACACAAAAUCAGUUGCUCAGAGAAUGAAGAUGAUGAUGAGGACGAGACCUUCGAGAGGAAAUACCUGGCAGUUGAGAUGGAGCUAGAUCCUGGCCACUUUGAGUGUGAAUGUGUGUGGAAAACCAGCUUCUUUAUCCACCAAGGCCUCAAGCGGGGAACCAGGGCCGGCUCACUUGUCUCCAUAGGAGUGAAGAUUCUACGCUCUGUGCUGAAUUCCUUGUCAGUAAACAACAGGAACAAUAUGUUUGUUACCAAGGAGAUCUCCACUGGCAACGUCUUUUAUCUCAGACUGAAGGAGGUACCUGGGACCGUGCGCUUGGCCAUGGACGACCCUACCCAAGACUUAGGGCAGGGAACCAAACCUUGGGAGACCCUAGGGCCAGGGGAUAGGGAUGGAGACAAUGUGUCUUUGACCUCCUCCAGCAGCGCCCUUUCUCUGUCACAGUCCCUGGGACGCACACCUGACUGUGUGGAGCUCAGUGUGUAUGGCAUAUGUGAAGCUGGUAAGGAGACAAAGGAGGACCUUGUGCAGCUGUUAAAGAGAAAGCUGGACGAUAUGGCCCUUGACAACAUGUGUGAGAUGUUGAGGCGUAACCCACAUUGUCAGCUUGACAAGGAUGAUGUACAGUUUAUCCAAAAGCCGGGCUCGAAGCCCCAUGACAGCCUACACCUGACUGUGUCCCACAAGACAAUGCCCCAUCUGGCGGCUGCCAUGUUCUACCUGAGGCAGAACCUUCUACAGUACCUUCACACUCCAAAAUACAAAACAUCGCCGGAAGAUUUUCAGUUUACAGAUGUGGUAGAUGGGAAGCUGUGUGCCAUUCCAUCAGACCAGGCAUUUCUCUACAUUCCACCCUUCACUGUCAGGAAAACUGGUAUGGUAAUAUUGAGUGUAGGCCUGGUGGAUGGACAUGGGCACCAGGUGCAUCUUCUAGAGUGUCCCCGGCCCUCAGCCUCCGCGUACCAAGAUAUUGGCACAUUUGAAGACCUCGAGGCCUUCACACACGUACAGCCUUAUGAGAUGACCCCUAAGAGCAAGAAGCCAGAAGAUUUGACUGAUGGGCCAACAGCUUUGGUGCAGUUCCAUAUCUGGGAAGUCGGAGAUGUCGGGCUGACCCAGUUAAAGGAUAAACUCACUAGCUCACUGAAGCAUUCGCUAUGUGACGUCGCCAUGGAGUACUACAUGCUGACCGCACCCCUGUGUACGAUACCAAGCCACAUGGUGGAGUUGUUCACGCCCCCACCCCCUAUGUCUGCACCUUGCUCCCCAUUUUACAGCAUGCAAGAUUUGGAGUGUGAAGACAUCCGUGAGGAGUUUCGUGAGCGUAAGUUGUCCAUGGUGCAGACAAGCAGUGCCCAGUCAGCCCAUACAACAGUGGCUCGACGAUCAUCCCUGCAGACCCAGAUCAGGUUCCAGUCGUUGAGAGAUGCCUUCAGCCAAUCAAAGCGAUCGGUUGCAUCUCCAAACACAGACAGGGAUAAGUCGUUCGAGCCAUCAGGUAUAGACUCAGGCCCUAAUUCCAGGGUUGGUUCCCCAGCGGUUGAGCGGCAUCUGGUUGGAAGCCCUCGAGUUGAGCAACAGACAAUGCUUGGCCAGUAUGAGUGUGGGGAAAUGGGGACAUUACACAGUGUGUAUGCUGACCUAUUGGAACACUGGCUUGAGUUUUGUAUACAGCUUGAGACGCCAUCAGUGAACAAGCUGUCGUUAAAGUUGGACUCUCGGUUCUCACUGGACGCAACACUCCAGGAGUUUCAGCAGGUGCUUGCUAGGCUGUGUCCUGCAGUGACGACGCGUGUCUACAAGAUGUUGCCACAGGAGGAGGAGGAUGAAGAUACCAACAUUGGCAUGCUCUACACUCCACAUAGGACACCCAUUGUGACCUAUAGGAGGAAGUCGGAGACAGCGCUGGACGUGUGUGGCCGGAGUCCCGUGGUGCCGGGGGCGGACCUCCAUUUCAUGUCAGUUGGGCGCGACCUCAAGCAGUGGUACACCUUUCUGCAGCAAGGGAUGGAGGAAGAGGAUGUGGCAGAACUACUGGCUGCACUUGUAAAAGGCAAGCAUCUGUCCCAGAGGUUUUCCCCCCACAUCCCCUCGCGAUCAGAAGGCAAGGGAUCAGGGCUGUUCCAGGAUACUCCCUCAAUCAUACCCAGACAGAAGUUUGCACUGCUUAACCUCAAAAACAAGGAGUUCAACCUGUAUGCUUACAACUGGUCCAAUGAGGUGUUUGGAAGCAUGUGUAAACAGUUGAGCAAGCUGGAGAAGUGGACAAACACACGAACACACAUCCUCACAAACAUCAUCAUACAGAAGGCUGGGCUCUUCAACCACUUUGUUCUACCCAACACAAGCCUCAAUGUGGAUAAACUGAUUCAGCAGACAGACACCCUGGAUCAGCUGAUCAGUAACCCUGCCCCUCCCCCACCAAACAAGGAAAAACUGGGCCGCACCCAGAGUGUGACUUCAUUGCGUGAGACCAACCUCCCCUUCGAGGUGACCUUUAAGGAUCUUUUCCCAUGCAAGCUUCUACACCUGUCACACCUAGCCUGCCAUAUGGACCCUGUCAAACAGUAUGGACAACAGGUGCAGGACAUACGCCUGUACUGGAAACACCAGUGUGAAAAGCUAGACAGCAUCUCCAAGCUGUAUGUGAUGUGGCUUCAGAAGACUGGUACCAACUUCCCUAUUGCUGAGUGCACAAUGCGGACUCUGAAGCAGGCAUCCCAUCUGUUCCACUACUGUGCUACCCCCCUGCUGUUUUCCUCUAGGUGGCGCCAACACAUCCUGGAGAAGUUUAAGGUCACACGACAGGACUCCAUGGCUUCUGUCUCCAGUUCCUGUGCAACACCGGAUAGCAAGUCUAGAUCACGACAUGGAUCGGGCAACUCAAUGGGCAGUGGGCGUACUAAGCGUACAGAAAGUAACGAGCUGCGUAAACGCCCGUCAUUCCAGGCCCUCCGUGAUGCCCAGGAGGCUGGGGGUUGGGCGGGAAGCCCAGGGGGCCCUGAGGACUUUAAUGGGGAGGAGGAGUGGCAUCUGGAACUACGGGCAACAUACAUUUACCAGUACAUCAAGUAUCUCCACACCAUUGGCUUCCAGUAUGUACAGAUGGAAAGGGCCAACAAAAAGGGCAAACCUGUCAAGAGACCAAAUGGAGUUGAGAGCUCUGUCCCGACUGCGUCGGAGGAUGUUGAGAUUAAGCCAUCAGACACCCACAACCUCCAGAAGACUGUGUCUGGUGGCAUCCUGCUAAUUGAGAUCUCAUUCCGGAAUGAGUAUUUCUGUGUACGCCUGUACACGUGCGAGCACACCAAACUUGGCAUAACUGUCAACCAACAGAAAUCAGAGGCGGAUAACCUUUCUUCUAAUAAAGAUUUGAAGCUGCUCUUUGUGGAUGAGUGUGAGAAAUGUAAGGACCUGAUUCAUGUCCACUCCUUCGCCCAUGACUUCCACCUUCGAUGUAUCCAGUCCUACAUCAGUGGUCAUCAGGACCUGUUCAAGAAGGGCUACUACCUGUCUGGGUUGCUCAACGACUUUAUCAAGGUCUACCCUUAUGCUCCCAGCUUCUCCAGGAACUUCAUGCAGAGAGAGGUGAUAUCGAUCCCAGACCCAUCCUGUUCCAGCAGUGACCUGUAUGACUACAUGCUGAAACAUGCCGAGCUCCACUCCAUGUCUGUCCUCAAAAUGGUCACACCCUCAGAACUCAACUUUGAGCAACUAUUCAAGAACCACGAGUAUGCUCUAAUCAGCCAUGAAGCUCGGGAAGUUGACCAAUCAGAAGGCAACUCCACCUCUCACAAGUCUCCACAGGCUUACAACAUCGGGUUGGUGAUUCUGCAGGAUACGCCUGGGGGAUCGAGUCAUGGGGUUGGGCAAUGUGGGGAGAGGCCCUCCCUUUCUCUUCAGUUCUUCAUAAUACUGACCAGCUCCCAGCUCAUGUUUCCCCGGCAGACCCUCGACAGAGAGAGGGGAUUCUUUGUUUCGAGGAACAAGUCUAUGAAUUCCCCAGUAGUUGUUGGUGAUCUAAAAGCCCAGCUUGGGAAGAAAUCUGCAAGCCUGAGGUCAGAGACAACCAACUACCUUGGUUGGUCCAACAAGCACCAGCCCCCCAUGUAUAAGCUUCUUAUAGAGGAGGCUAAACAAGUCAGGUCAAAGAUAGAGAACAUGGCUGUGGUGUCAAUGGACAAGUGCCGACGAGACACACUGUGGACUAAAAUGCUGGUGAACAAAUCAGAUGACCACAGCAAGAAGAAGACAGAUGCUGAUGAUGCUUUAGGAAAACUGACAUACACAGAGUUUGAGGAGAUGUUGGACCGCGUACACAAGAUCCCACUGUACGAGAUGGAUGCCAGACUGGUUCCCUUCCAACAGAUGUCCUCAGCCUGGUACCAACGACUCGCUACCGUCCUUAACAACCGGUACCAGGAGGACUUCAAACGAGACUUUGUCAACCCAGCCAACACCAGUGAACAGUACCAUCUUAUACUUAACCCAAAGUUCCUGGACCUGUUCAUGUUGCUGACUAUAGACCCUAAUGGCUCAAAAACAGGCGUUUAUGCAGUAUUCAGGAAACCAGCUAAAGAAACUGAAAGUAUCUGCCCUGGUGGGCAAAAUCUACCAGAGCAAAGUGUUCAAAGCCACAUGGAGCAGUUUAUUAACACCUGUUGUUUCCACCUGUGGAAUUCCAUGUUGUGAUAUUUAAACACCGGAAGACACGUGGAAAAGUUCUUAACACCUGCUGUUACCACAUGUGAAGUUCCAUGUUAUUAUAUUCAAACACCUGAAGACACAUGGAGCUGUUCAUUACGGCCUUAUGUUUCCAACUGCGGAGUUCAAUGUUCGUGCAGACAAGUGGAGGUUCAUUAACACCAGCUGAUUCCACAUGUGAAGUUCAAUGUUUUGUUGGCAACCACUGUACCUUCUUCCAUUAGACUUCAUACAUACUGUGAAAAAAUUGACUGACAGGGGAGACAACUAUUCUUCCAAUGAAAUUGCAUGUUACAAUAAAAUGCUUUUCAAUAACCCUGUACUGUCAGUUGUCUCCACAUGCGAGUGGUCUAAGUGGCUGGUUUAAAAUUUGUAGUGAUCAAGCAGACCAAGUUCAAUUUGGGCUUUCACCAGAAUACUUUUCUAUUGUGAAACAUUAGUGUCUGUGUCUGUGCACAUGUGAGAGUCGAAUUUCCGUAGAGGUAUUGUUGCUGAACCAAUGAAACUGCCUCAUUAAUUAUUCAUGAUUACAAGAUUUUCCUAGCCCGAUCACCCACAGUACACAAGGAAGCAUAGCACAGUAGUGUAUAGGGGAUAUCUAAUGAUGAUUUUGAUAAUAACCUGCAUUCAUUUUCAAAGGAGGUUGAAGCCUGUUCAAGUAAAGUAAGGUUAAAAGUUAAUGGUAAUCGUAAAUCAUUUUGUUUUUGCACUGAGCUUCAUAUUUUGAUCGAUCUAUGCCAGCUAGAAUUUUCACUGUUGAUUUGCAUUUUGCUUUGCUAAAGUGUCUGCUAGCUUUAUUGUUCAAAUUAUCAUGUUAAACAGUAGUUAUAUUCCAUAACUGUUUGGGACAUUAUUUGUAAGCAUGUACCUGCUAGUGCAUUUUUAACCAGGUUUUCAACGAAAACCGGGUUAUUAGAAUGAGGUUGUCGUUGGGCGGGCGGACGGACGGGCGGGCGUGCGUCAAACAUUGGUUUCUGUUCAAUAACUUUAGUUAGCAUUGAUAGAUAUUGAUGAAACUUGGUGUGUAGGUAGCUUAUGGGAAGAGCUAGCUUUGGAUUGCUUUUGAGGGGGGUGGGGCUAAGGUCAAGGUCACUGUUACUAAAAAUAGAAAAAUGGUUUCUGCCCAAUAAUUUUAGUUAGCAUUAAUAGAUAUUGACGAAACUUGGUUUGUAAGUUGCUUAUGUGAAGAGCUAGCUUGGGAUUGCUUUUGAGUGGGGAGGGGCUAAGGUCAAGGUCACUAUUACUUAAAAUAGGAAAAUGGUCAAGGUCACUGUUACUUAAAAUAGAAAAAUGGUUUCUGCCGAAUAUCUUUAGUUAGCAUUGACAGAUAUUGAUGAAACUUGGUGUGUAGGUAGCUUAUGUGAAGAGCUAGCUUGGGAUUGCUUUUGAGGGGGGUGGGGCUAAGGUCAAGGUCGCCUGUUACUAAAAAUAGAAAAAUGGUUUCUGCCCAAUAACUUUAGUUAGGAUUGAUAGAUAUUGACGAAAGUUGGUGUGUAGGUAGCUUAUUGAAGAGCUAGCUUGGGAUUGCUUUUGAGGGGGGUGGGGCUAAGGUCAAGGUCGCCUGUUACUAAAAAUAGAAAAAUGGUUUCUGCCCAAUAACUUUAGUUAGGAUUGAUAGAUAUUGACGAAAGUUGGUGUGUAGGUAGCUUAUGUGAAGAGCUAGCUUGGGAUUGCUAUUAAGGGGGAGGGGCUAAGGUCAAGGUCACUGUUACUUAAAAUAGAAAAAUGGUUUCUGCCCAAAAACUUUAGUUAGCAUUGACCGAUAUUGAAGAAACUUGGUGUGUAAGUUGCUUAUGUGAAGAGCUAGCUUGGGAUUGCUUUUGAGUGGGGAGGGGCUAUGGUCAAGGUCACUAUUACUUAAAAUAGAAAAAUGGUCAAGGUCACUGUUACUUAAAAUAGAAAAAUGAUUUCUGCCCAAUAACUUUAGUAAGCAUUGAUCUAUAUUGAUGAAACUUGGUGUGUAGGUAACUUAUGUACAGAGCUAGUUUGGGAUUGCUUUUGAGGGGGGUAGGGCUAAGGUCAAGGUCGCCUGUUGCUAAAAAUAGAAAAAUGGUUUCUGCCCAAUAACAUAAGUUAGCAUUGAUAGAUAUUGAUGAAACUUAGUGUGUAGGUAGCUUAUGUGAAGAGCUAGCUUGGAAUUGCUUUUGAGUGGGGAGGGGCUAAGGUCAAGGUCACUAUUACUUAAAAUAGAAAAAUGGUUUCUGCCCAAUAACUUUAGUUGGGAUUGACAGAUAUUGAUGAAACUUGGUGUGUAGGUAGCAUGUGAAGAGCUAGCUUGGGAUUGCUUUUGAGUGGGGAGGGGCUACGGUCAAUGUCACUGUUACUUGAAAUAGAAAAAAAAAAUUGCACAAUAACUUUUGAUAGCAUUGAUAGAUAUUGAUUAAACUUGGUGUGUGGGUAGCUUAUGUAAAGAGCUAGCUUGGGAUUGCUUUUGAGGGGGGCGUCUCUUUUUGAUAAAAGUAAAGAUAAAGUCAUACAACAAAUUAAUUGGCUAUAAUUUCUGAUUUCCCAUAACAAAAACCCGGUUUCGUCGCAUUGCGGCGCUUCUAGUUUUUUAUAAACUUGUGCCCCAACUUGUUGUUUGUCAUCUGCAGACUUGUAAUAUAGUAUUAUUGUGAUAACAUGUACAGGUUCAUUUUAAAUCAUCUUUUUAUUAUGAAACAUGUACAAAAAGAGAGGAAAACUUGAAAUAUUAUUCAACUGUUAUUGCUAUGGUUUAGAAAAAUAUGUUGACAGUUCCUUCAUUUAUAUGCUGUAAGAUAAUUUCAAGUGUGUUGUUAUAUUAAUUUUCCAAAGCAAAUCGCUUUGCUGAUGUGUUUUGUUACACAACACUGACUGUGUUGUAUGUCAAUAUGCCAUGUUUAUUAGAAAUAGACUUGAUCUUCUACUUCAUAAUGUAUUAGUAGAAAUUAACAUCAUGUAUGUUCAGCAUUGUUAAAUUUCAAAUACUUUAAUACUGUAUUCAUUUUUUAUGUCAUAAAUCAAUGUUUGCUCAACCGGUUUAUCAUGCUUUGGUAACUCAGUGUUACAAUAAUUACUGAAAAAUCAGUUUUUUUUGUCUUAUCUAGUCCUCUAGCGUGCUUUUGCCACACAGUAAUUACUGCGUUCACUGAUUUAUAAACUGAGAUUACGCUUGUUAAUGAUGUCAUUUGUUAUCCUUAAAUAAAGGCUAUAUAAUGA